AUGCUGAGCGCGAGAUUAAACCAGACUGCCACCGCUUCUAAUCCUCUCUUCCGUGCGUCCUCGCAUCCCUACCCAUCCCACUUCGCAGCUCGAUUCCGCCACCCACACUCCUCCUCAGCUUCUUACGACCCGCGCUCCUCGAUGACGUCCCACUCCUCUCCCCCACACCGCCUCCCCGAUCGCCAGCGACCUUCAUCCCAGUCUCAUUAUACCCAGCAAGACAGGCAAAGGCACGACAUCGAUCGCGCUGCAUACGAGAGGACAGGCGGACUAACUCAGGUGUCGCCAUCAUCGCCCGUUCUGCAGCCAACAUACCGUUCGUCACGGUCACUCGGCGGAUCGGAAGCUACCUCGCCUAGCCGCAUCAAAGUGCGCGACCUCAAUCAUAUUCAGAGCUUUGCCAGUGAGGAGAUACUCUCUUCUCGAGGAUCAACAAGCAAUGGACUUUUUCAAGAUGCUGGCCGUCAAUACGAAAUCAGUUCAAUGCCAGUCACGGAUAUAAUUGAGAUGGUUGCUGGGCUGCUAACAAAGAUCACCACCACAAAUGAUCUGCAACAUGAACAUAUUCACCAGCACAUACCUCCCCCAGAAGGAGCUACGAAUCUCAGCCAACAAACGACCAGCGUGUUGGCUUUCCAUGGAAGAAAUAUCCCCAGCAUCUCGAUCCUCAACUAUCUCACCAGAAUUCACCGGUAUUGCCCGACAACAUAUGAAGUCUUUCUCAGUUUACUCGUCUACUUCGAUCGAAUGACUGAAAUGGUGGAUAAAGAAUACAUUCAGAAUCUCCGGCGACGUCCCGAUCGACAUCACUGUCAGGAGUCUUCGUCUCCAUCCCCGCCUCUCACUGCGACGCCCGGGCGGGGGGUUGGUGGGCUUCCACUCGUCGAACUCAACCACCUCGAACUCCAGUUUCUUUUACUAAACGAUUUCCGACUCGCCAUUCCGGUGGAGGAGUUGGAAGCAUACGGGACAAUGCUUGUGGAAUUCUAUGCAAGAGAGGUCCUCAGCCAGCGAGCACAAUCGCAGGCAAGAUCCGAGGGACAAGCAGCACACCCCGAUAUCCCCCCUGCAGAAACCAGAACAAACACCCGGGCGGGGGACGAUGUAUAUACAUUUUAUCACACUGGUGAACAGAAGGAGUGGUGGUUCUGA